AUGGAGGUGAUGAAAAACCUUGUGACAGUUGCGAAGCGGAGGGAGAUCAAGACGCCCAUGACGAAGAAGAAGAUGGUGAUGACGGGAGACAGAAACAAACGGCCUUGGUGGUCGUAUCGCAAUACGAAGAAUGGAUGUCUGUGUCGACAGGCUCCAGAGGAGUACCCCGGUGUAGCUUUUUCAAAAGCCAAGACGACUGUGAGAGCGUCUCGCGAAACAUCGUGGCGGCAGACGACCGGAGAGACUCCGAAACUCCCCCUUCGGGAGCAGGCAACGCACUCUCAGGGGGACGAACGGUGCGUUCGUCUGUUGCUCGUGCAUGGCAUUGCACGGAGGCUGCUUUUCCUGGAUUCGCAGAAACUCGCCUGCAGACGGAAAAGCUUGAAAUCGGUAGAGGAGAGUCAAUUUACCGUCUUGCACCUGAGCACCGCGCAGAGAGGGAGGCAACGAGAGACUGAAUGA